AUGCCGCCGCCGGGCUCCUGGUUCUACAAGCUGCGGCGCAAGCCAGGAGGCGACGCCGGCGAGGUCCCGAGAGGCGAUCGUGCUCCGGCGGUGGUGACGACGCCCUCCUCGUCGUCGGCGUCGUCGCGGGGGGUGCCCGUGCCGCCUCCGUGCACCCCGAACAGGGCGUCCUACUACGUCCCCAGCGGCGAGCGUGGAGCUGUCAAGGGGAUUCCGAUUCCGCCCAAGCGCCGGGACACGCAGUUGCCGCGCAGCCCGCAGCCGAGCGACAUCGUCUUCGACGUGGUCACCGUGCCGCGCGCCGCGGCCGACCGGUUCGACGGGCUCGGGGCGAUGCCGGAGCUCAAGUUGCGGCCCAUCCUCACCAAACCGGCCGGCAGGAAGGUGGACGGGGAGGAGGAGGGGGCAUCGGGCAGCGGCAGCGCGUCGCCGACGGCCAGGGCGCGGCGGCGGCGACGGCCGCGGAUACACGUGAAGCCGAGCGGCGGGCGGAAGGGGGGGAGGCCGGCGGACGCGCAGCCCCCGGCGACGGCGACCGCCAAGCCGCGGAGGCGACAAGCGAGGCGGGGGCGGUGGCUGCAGGAGAGCCUGGUGGUGGUGAAGGAGUCAGCGGACCCGGAGGAGGACUUCCUGGCGAGCAUGGCGGAGAUGAUCGCGGCCAACGACGAGGUCCGCGCGUCGCCCCGGGGCCUCGAGGAGCUGCUCGCGUGCUACCUCGCCCUCAACGCCGCCGAGCACCACCGCGCCAUCGUCGCCGCCUUCCGGCGCGCCUGGCUCGACGACGCGCCCACCAGCACCGCCAAGCACAGGCCGCCGCCGUCGCAGGGCCUAGCUAGCUAA